AUGAAUGUACAAGAGGAAUAUACCGCCCCUGCUCCGGCAGGCGUGGCGCGCAACAGAUUCUGCUAUCUCCCGAACACAACAUGGACAUGGUCCUUUGCUGUGGUCACUUUUGCUCAGACCGUUGUGACUCUAGCUUUGGAGAUCUAUAUCUUCGUCAACUUCCAGACCCAAGAAAUCCCCAACUCGAGUCCAUCUUCCAGAACAAUCCCGACUUUCCUUGCCUUGUACAGCUUUGGUUUUCUUUAUGAGUUGGUCUUGGUGUAUGAUGCAUUGCGAAUGAAAAACACCAUUCAAGUCAUCGGUCUCUGCAUGUGCAAUGUGGGUCUGUUGAUUUACGGCGCAAUCCAGGUGAAACAAAUCAAAACUGCGGUCAACGUGUUGGCUGAGAACAAGCAUAUUCCCCAUGCCGUCUGGGCAGAAUCGGAGCCAUUUUUGAUCAUUAUUCCUUGCAUUGUCGCGCUGGGCACCAUCCUGAUAACCUUCGUGGCAUGGAAGCUGUAUGACGAAUUUGCCUGGACAAUCUACAAGCACAUCAGUGCUGAUCUGCGCAUGAAACGGCGCUAUCUGACCUACCAGAUCUACAUCACUCUACUAAAGUUCGAUUUCUUCUUCUUCCUCGGAUUUACGGUCCAAUUUCUGGUCGUGGCAUCUACCAGUCACAAUGCUGAGUUCUAUCUCACUAUUGUUGCCGUCCCCGUGACCAUCAUUAUUCUCUGCUUCGGUGCCUAUUUUGUGCGCCGAGAAACGACUCUCGGCAUGAUCAUUAUCAUUCUUCUCUUCUUUGCUGCCAUGGCAUACUUCAGCUUUAAGAUCUUCCGAAUGUAUGCCCCGGCGACCAGAGUCGACUAUCUCCCUGCUCGCACCUCGAUGACAUUCUUCGCUGUCAUUACACUCGUACUGAUUGUGACAACCAUCAUCAACGCCUGCAUGUGCGUGAACAACUUCCACCGUGGCCUGAAGCCGCACAUUAGCAAGAAGAAGACCAAGCCCGAAGAAAAGAAUACGGAGCUGUCAUCUAACCUAGCUGGUGCUACGGUUCCAUCUCGGAUGAUGAUCGAUUGA